AUGAAUUCGAUCCUUGACGAACAGGUUCCAAUCCAUGAAGCCGGUGAACACUCGUGCGCAGUGGGUGAUGUCACAGCUUGCGUUCAGCCACAUGUACAUCCACCUGAUCACUCAGAGCAACUUCCAGUCUACGUGAUAUUUUUAGAAGCGGCGGCCGGGUUGACCUUCAAAGAGGGUUUCAAUCGAAAACCCCUAAUCUGCAUUCAAUUACUUGUAUCCAUUUCUUUCCUCUGCCCAACUGAUCGGACUCCGAAUGAAAACAGAAUAUUUUGA